AUGGCAGCUCUCGGCUCAGCGCAUCACCAUGAGCAGUUUAGCGCAUUGUUAGCGGCUAAAUUCGAACUGCUUGAGAUCUUGAAAACCCCCACAAAUUCGCUCGUCGCUGUUCCGGUCACGUACAACAAAUGCACGUCUGCUCUGCUUUCCUUACACGAUGGCAACGCCGAAGAUAGGUCGAGGAACAUCUGUGGCAGGUUGAUGAAGGAGGCAUUAGCCGAAGACGACACCAAACCAACAAUGAAUAAUGUAGUGGAGUUGGCCCAGAGGCGCCAGCCUGGCCUUUUUCAGACGUCCAAUAUUGAUAUCCACACGGGAGACGCCAAAUUUAUCAUCCAGGUCAUCCAAUCAGUUGACCUCGGUUGUUGCAAUGAUAACCAGCAACCAGAACAAGCAGUUGGGCCUCCAGUCCCGAAGCCACCUCCGGCGACAAGUGCACCCGCAGGAGAGAACACCACAGUGACAGGGCACAGUCCAAUCACACCAGCUGGAGAGAACGCCACAGUAACAAGACUGCCAUUCACAAGCACACCUUCAAGAGAGACUGCCACAGUAACAAAGCCACCAGUCCCAAUCACAGUUUCAAGGGAUACUACCACAGUAACAAGGCCACCAAUUACAAGCACACCUUCAGGAGAACUUGCCAUAGUAACACGACCUCCAGUCACAAGCACACCUUCUAGAGAGACUGUCAGCACAUCCUUCAGAGAGACUGUCUCAGUAACAGGAUCACCAAUCACAAACAACUUCAAGAAGAAGAGAGACUGUCUCAGUAACAGGAUCACCAAUCACAAAGCACACCUUCAAGAGAGAAUGUCUCCAGUAAACAGGUCCAAUCCCAAGGCAACACCUUCCAAGAGAAGACUGUCUUCAAGUGACCCAAUGAUCACCAAUCCCAACAACACCUUUCAAGAGAGACUGUCUCAGUACAGGAUCACCACUCACCAAACAACACAACACAACUUUCAAGAGAACUUUGUCUUCAGUAACAGGAUCUCCCAAUUCAAACAAGGCCAUCUUCCUAAGAGAGAACUGUCUCAGUACAAGGAUCGACCAAUCGCAACACACCUUUCAAGAGAGGACUGUCUCCGUAACAGGGAUCACCAAUCACAAACACACUUCAAGAGAGACUGUCUCAGUAAACAUGGAUCCCAAUCACAAACAAACACUUCAAGAGAGACUGUCUCAGUACAGAUCACACCUCACACACCUCAAGAGAGACUGUCUAGUAGCAGAUCAAACAUCACAACACACCUUCAAGAGAGACUGUCUCAGUACAUGACACCUUCAAGAGAGACUGUCUCAGUAACAGGAUCACCAAUCAAACACACCUUCAGAGACGUCUCAGUAACAGGAUCACCAAUCACAAGCACACCUUCAAGAGAGUCUGUCUCAGUAACAGGAUCACCAAUCACAAGCACACCUUCAAGAGAGACUGCCUCAGUAACAGGAUCACCAAUCCCAAGCACACGCAACCUUCAGAGAGCUGCCUCAGUAACAGGAUCACAAUCACAAGCGCAUCUUCAGAGAGACUGUCUCAGUAACCAGGAUCACCAAUCACAAGCACACCUUCAAGAGAGACUGUCUCACGCAUCUUCAAGAGAGACUGUCUCAGUAACAGGAUCACCAAUCCCAAGCACACCUUCAAGAGAGACUGUCUCAGUAACAGGAUCUCCAAUCACAAGCACACCUUCAGGAGAGACUGUCUCAGUAACAGGAUCACCAAUCACAAAUACACCUUCAGGAGAGAGCUCCACAGUGACACUACUUCCACCCACAAGUGUCCCAGUGAAUGAGUCCUCAACAGUCAGAGACAGUACACCAACACCAACUGCGCCUGAUACAACUUCUUCUGUUACAGAAUCAAGCUUUAAUGAAACUGCAGCACAAGAAAAGUUGCAAGAACUAGAAAUAAUGUACAAUCAAACACAAGGUGAAGUCAAUAAUUUAACAGAUACCGUCACUGUAAAGGAGAAGGAGGUCUCGUCGCUGAACGAGACCUCAGAACGGUUGCAAAACGAAUACCAAGAUGAAGCCGAUGCAGUGGAUGCUCUUAACAACCUUACUUCAACAUUUAAUUCAUCAAGAAGGCACAAGAGGCAAGCACAAGGGUCAGCAGAAUUUGAUUGGCAAUACUGUCCAUCAGGUAAUGUUACCAGAGCUACGCCUACUGCAAUAACACUCAUUGCAAUAGAUGAUAUUUUGAAUGUGACAGGGGACCACUUAAAUUGUCUUAUAAAAUUUUUAAAUGAACUAACUGAAGGGUUACGAAAUGGAACAUAUGUCAUAGAUGAAGAUGCUAAAUCUCAGGUAGCCUCAAAGGCAAACGAUGCAGUAACAACAAAAACUGAGAAACUAGGUAAGAUAAAAAAAGAAAUUAAUGAAGUAGAAACAAAGAAAAAGGAAUUAGAAGAUCAAAUUCAAACAGUGAAAGAACAGAUAAAGGAGCUGACUAAGACAUUAGACAAAAUUCUUUCGGAUAUAACAGAGAUCAAAGAGACUAUUGAAAAGGAGAAAGAAAAAACACCUGCAGUGGUAACACCAACUGAUCCUCCACAGCCUGCAAAGACCGAAAAGAAAACUUCCCCUGCUCAACUGUCUACAUCUAUAGCAAGGACCCCAUCAAGAGAAAGUACCAAAGUGACAGGGCUUCCAAUCACAAGUACAUCAGCAAGAAAGAGUACCACAGUAACAGGAUCACCAGUCACAAGCACACCUUCAGGAGAGAGCUCCACAGUGACACUACUUCCACCCGCAAGCAUCCCAGUGAAUGAGUCCUCAACAAUCAGAGACAGUACACCAACACCAACUGCGCCUGCUACAACAUCUCCUGUUACUGAGUCAAACUUUAAUGAAACUGCUGCACAACAACAGUUGCAAGAACAAGAAUAUAUGUACAAUCAAACACAAGGUGAAGUCAAUAAUUUAACAGAUACUGUUACUGUGAAGGAGCAGGAGAUCUCAUCGCUGAACGAGACCUCAGAACGGUUGCAAAACGAAUACCAAGAUGAAGCCGAUGCAGUGGAUGCUCUGAACAACCUUACUUCAACAUUCAAUUCAUCAAGAAGGCACAAGAGGCAAGCACAAGGGUCAGCAGAAAUUGAUUGGCAAUAUUGUCCAACGGGUAACGUCACCAGAGCUACGCCUACGGAAAUAAUGCUCAUUGCAAUAGAUGAUAUUUUGAAUGUGACAGGGGACCACUUAAAGUGUCUCAUACAAUUUCUGAAAGAACUAACUAAAGGAUUAAGGGAUAAAACGUUUGUCAUAGAUGAAGAUGCUAAAUCUCAGGUAGCCUCAAAGGCAAACGAUGUAGUGACAACAAAAACUGAGAAGCUAGAUAAGAUAAAAAAAGAAAUUAAUGACGUAGAAACAAAGAAAGAGGAAAUAAAAAAUCAAAUUCAAUCAAUGAAAAAGCAAAUAAAGAAGCUCACUAAGACAUUAGACAAAAUUCUUUCGGAUAUAACAGAGAUCAAAGAGGCUAUUAAAAAGGAGAAAGAAAAAACACCUCCAGUGGUAACACCAACUGAUCCUCCACAGCCUGCAAAGACCGAAAAGAAAACUUCCCCUGCUAAACUGUCCACAUCUAUAGCAAGCGCCCCAUCAAGAGAAAGUACCACAGUGACAGGACCUCCAGUCACAAGCACACCUUCAAGAGAGACUGUCUCAGUAACAGGAUCACAAAUCACUAACGCACCUUCAAGAGAGACUGUCUCAGUAACAGGACCACCAAUCACAAGCACACCUUCAAGAGAGAUUGUCUCAGUAACAGGAUCACCAAUCACAAACACACCUUCAAGAGAGACUGUCUCAGUAACAGGAUCACCAAUCACUAACACACCUUCAAGAGAGACUGUCUCAGUAACAGGAUCACCAAUCACAAGCACACCUUCAAGAGAGACUGUCUCAGUAACAAGACCACCAAUCACUAACACACCUUCAAGAAAGACUGUCUCAGUAACAAGACCACCAAUCACUAACACACCUUCAAGAGAGACUGUCUCCAGAACAGGAUCACCAAUCACUAACACAUUCAAGAGAAAAGUCCUCAUUAACAAGACCACCUAUCACAAAACCACCUUCAGACAGACUGUCUCAGUAACAGGGUCACCUAUCACAAGCACACCUUCAAGACAGACUGUCUCAGUAACAGGAUCACCUAUCACUAACACACCUUCAAGAGAGGACUGUUCAAUAACAGGAAUCACCAAUCACCAACACACCUUCAAGAGGACGGACCGGGCAGUAACAGGAUCACCCAAUCACAAAACCGACCCCACAACCUUCAAGGAAGACCUGUCUUCAGUAACAGGAUCACCAAUCACAACCAACAACCUUCAAGAGAGACUGGUGUCUCCAGUAACAAAAGGAUCACCAAUCACAAACACACCUUCAAGAAGAGACUGUUCCUCAGUAAACAGGAUCACCUAUCACCAACCAACACCCUUCAAGAGAGACUGUCUCAGUAACAGGAUCACCAAUCACCAACACACCUUCAAGAAGGAGACUGUCCUAGGUACAGGUAUCACCAAUCACAAGCACCCCUUGGCAAGAGAGACUGUCUCAGUAACAGGAUCACCUAUCUACCCAACACACCAUUCAAGAAGAAGACCUUGUCGCAGAGAACAGGAAUCACCCAAUCACAACGCACCCCUUCAGAGAGGACUGUUCUCAGUUAACUGGUUCACCUAUCCACCAACACACCUUCAAGGAGAGACUGUCUUUUCAGUAACAGGUAUCACCAAUCACCCACCAACCACCUUUCAAGAGAGACUGGUCUCAGUAACAGGAUCACCAAUCACCAACCAACACCCUUCAAGAAGAGGACUAGUACUGUCUUCAGUAACUAGGAUCACUCACAACACACCUCAAGAGAUACUGUCCUCAGUAACAGAUCACCAAUCACAAGCACCCCUUCAAGAGAAGACUGUCUCAGUAACAGGAUCACCAAUCACAAACACACCUUCAAGAGAGACUGUCUCAGUAACAGGAUCACCAAUCACUAACACACCUUCAAGAGAGACUGUCUCAGUAACAGGAUCACCAAUCACAAGCACACCUUCAGGAGAGACUGUCUCAGUAACAGGAUCACCAAUCACAAGCACACCUUCAAGAGAGACUGUCUCAGUAACAGGAUCACCAAUCACAAGCACACCUUCAAGAGAGACUGUCUCAGUAACAGGAUCACCACUCACAAGCACACCUUCAGGAGAGACUGUCUCAGUAACAGGAUCACCACUCACAAGCACACCUUCAGGAGAGACUGUCUCAGUAACAAGGCCACCAGUCACAAGCACACUUUCAGGAGAGAGCUCCACAGUUACACUAGUUCCACCUACAAGCAUCCCAGUGAAUGAGUCCUCAACAGUCAGAGACAGUACACCAACACUAACUGCGCCUGCUACAACAUCUCCUGUUACUGAGUCAAACUUUAAUGAAACUGCUGCACAACAACAGUUGCAAGAACAAGAAUUGAUGUACAAUCAAACACAAGGUGAAGUCAAUAAUUUAACAGAUACUGUUACUGUGAAGGAGCAGGAGAUCUCAUCGCUGAACGAGACCUCUGAACGGUUGCAAAACGAAUACCAGGAUGAAGCCGAUGCAGUGGAUGCUCUGAACAACCUUACUUCAACAUUCAAUUCAUCAAGAAGGCACAAGAGGCAAGCACAAGGGUCAGCAGAAAUUGAUUGGCAAUAUUGUCCAACGGGUAACGUCACCAGAGCUACGCCUACAGGAAUAAUGCUUAUUGCAAUAGAUGAUAUUUUGAAUGUGACAGGGGACCACUUAAAGUGUCUCAUACAAUUUCUGAAAGAACUAACUGAAGGAUUAAGGGAUAAAACGUUUGUCAUAGAUGAAGAUGCUAAAUCUCAGGUAACCUCAAAGGCAAACGAUGCAGUAUCAACAAAAACUGAGAAGCUAGAUAAGAUAAAAAAAGAAAUUAAUGAGGUAGAAACAAAGAAAAAGGAAUUAGAAGAUCAAGUUCAAUCUGUGAAAGAACAGAUAAAGGAGCUGACUAAGACGUUGGACAAAAUUAUUUCUGAUAUAUCAGAGAUCAAAGAGACUAUUAAAAAGGAGAAAGAAAAAACGCCUCCAGUGGUAAAACCAACUGAUCCUCCACAGCCUGCAAAGACCGAAAAGAAAACUUCCCCUACUCAACUUUCUACACCUAAAACAAGCACCCUGACAUCAGAUGGUCCAACCACAAAUGCCCCAGUCAGUGUGUCUGGAAAUCGAAGCUUUACUGAAGACCCGUCGACAAAUAUGGUCAUCACAUCAGAUCCCAUCUCUUUUUCACCCAAAGAUGGACCAACAAGCAUAUCAGUACGAUUAGACAUCAAGAGAAAUGGAACAGCCUUCAUCGGCUCUGUAUACAUAGAUAUUGACUUCUCUGCCCUGAAGGACGCCAGUAAUGGAACUAAGCAGAUCAUCUACAUUUACCUGAAUUCGACUCUGAACAGCACCGAUGAAAAUGGCGAUCUCGUGUCAAAUUUCAACUCUGGGUCGUACGGGGUGCCUGUAAACGACUCGAAAAAUAUCUAUGCCCUGGAGGAAUCCAGGUACAUUACUCUGGCAGUCGAAGACACAAAGUUCAACCCAGAGGAUUUGGAAACAUCCUUUAAACUCAGUGGCCAGAUCAUCGACGAACCUGGCAAUUUAAAGAUAAGUUUCAGCCUCGUCAUUAAAUUUGAGGGCUCUGACGAGAGUAGUAGUAGCAAUUCUACAGUCACAGCUGGAGUAACUGAGGUGAGUGCUAGGGCAACAACCACCUCAACCAUCUGAAAGCGUCAGAAGAGGAGGUAGAUGAGUAGGCAGACUCUGCCAAAUCAGAUCCACAAAAUUACUGAGUAUAACUUGUUUACUUGUAAGUAUUUACAUAGUAUUUUACUCAACACUCGAUUACCUUCAGGGCCUAUCUGUGGCCCUUUCUCAAGAGAUGUGUAGGUUGUCUUGAGGAAGGGCCACAGAUAGGGCCUGAAUGUACUAGAGUGUUGAGUAAAAUACCAUGUAAUUACUUACAAGCUAUACUCUGUAAUUUUGUGGGUUUCUUUCUCCAUCUUCAGAAGAAAACUGAAAGAAAUUUUUGUUUGGUUCGAUAAUCAGAUCAUUCAUGUAACGUGACAGGGUCAAAUUUCCAUCUCAAGGGUGAGACAAAAAGUUGAAUCAAAUCUAAAUGAAAUAUCUAUCUAAUUAUGAAGAAUGGCCUUUAAUCUCCACCAUCAGUUUGGACUGUAGUGACUAUAGUAGAUUCCCAUCAACCGUCCAUCUGAUGUCUAGGCCAGCCUCUCUUCGAGAGACUUCACAUAAGCAGGAUGUAUGUUCCACCUCUCCUGAGAGAUACUUUUAAUGUGUAGGCCAAAGCUAGUCCCUUACAACGCUCCUGAUUGGCAGCUGAUAAGCCAGUCACAGGGCUGGAAACUCUCAGUCUCUCAAGAGAGUUCACUUUGGCAGGAUGCAC